GUUCUUCUUUCGGCUUCCGUACCAUCUACUCACAUGUGACAACAGAAGGUCAGCAAUUCAAUCAUGGCUGCCUGCGUAAGGAGGCUCAACAAUGUUCUGUGUUCAGUUAGAUUAUUACGGUAUCAGCACCAUCAAAAUGAACGAUUCCUGUCGACAUCUUUGCCUCGCCUCGCCCUUGGGAGUGACGACACUGACCAGCCUUCAAAGUUUACCCCGCCACCCAAACCUGUCAUUAUCGACAAAACACAGACCGCGGCCUCACUGCGGAAGUUUUUAAGCCCAGAGUUCAUCCCGAUUCGUCAGAGGAUAAACCCGUUGAAAGCUGCCAUCGAGAGGAAAGACAUGUAUCGUCGGAGGAAGGUGCUCAACAUUCCUGAGUUCUAUGUUGGUAGUAUCUUAGCUGUGACCAUGACUGACCAGUAUGCCAGCGGUAAAAGCAACCGCUUUGUGGGCAUCUGCCUCCAACGAGGUGGCAAGGGACUUGGUGCUACGUUUAUAUUAAGAAACAUCAUUGAAAACCAAGGGGUAGAAAUCUGCUAUGAAAUGUACAGCCCUCUAAUUCAGAAGAUCGAGGUUCUGAAGCUGGAGAAGAGGCUGGAUGAGAACCUGAUGUACCUGAGAGAUGCCCUUCCUGAGUACAGCACUGUGGACCAGGACAUGAAGCCUGUCUCCUCCUCCCCCACUGGAGACGUGCCCAUCAACAUGAUGAAAGUUCGUAUGAGGCCCAAGCCCUGGUCCAAGCGUUGGGAGCGCCCCAUAUUCAACAUAAAGGGCAUCCGCUUCGAGCUGUGCCUGACCCCAGAGCAGAUGGAGCAUGCCCAGAAGUGGGCGGAGCCCUGGAGGGAGUACGACAUGCUGAAGGAGUACGACACCUCCCGAUUGGAGGAGAACAUCCUGAAGGAGGUGAAGCAGGAGAUGAGCAAGUGAUGGGUCCCUAGACCGGCCUCAUCAGUCAGACAAACACCUGUUUGGAGCAGGAAAUAAAGCCUUUCACCGUUGUAGAUGACUUCGACAUCAUCACUUAGUGGGCCAUCGUGGCAUUGAGGGUGGACCACCACCCCCAUCCUCUCCUCCAGACCCUACCCCACCAACCAGCCCUCUGCAACUGACAGAGUACUCUCCCCACUGGGACAGACACCUGUAUCGGGCCCCUGCCUCCUGAAGACCUCCAUGGGGAGCAAGAUACUAGCUGCUGCCUUAGAGGAACAGCAGAGACACUAGGUCACAGACAUGUCCCUUGCUGAGCUUGCAUCUAAAACAGCCUAGUUCAACAAUGCAGUGUUCAUAGUUUGGUGUGCGCAUGUUUAGCCUGUCUCUGAGCAGGCUGGUCUAUCCAGGACAGAAGGUCUGUGUUACUGUGAGAUCAUGAUGGAUUAUGUCUUUUAUUAAUCUAUGGAACUAAGUUUAUUGUCCCGCCAUUGUGUUUAUGUUGUAUUACCAGAAUUCAAGUCAAUUCAUCUUGUUUAUAAAUAAAAAAAAAUCAAUAA